AUGAAAAGUUUUCUUAAAACUAGGGUGACAAAUUCCAGAAGGGGAGGGUCCUUUCGGCCAGGAUCGCUCCGCCCCCUCGACUCAUGCCCUUUUAUGGCUUUCCGGACACAGGCAUGCUGGGAAAUCCAUACGCAAAUUAGGCGGGCGAGCGGCGCCCCGCCCUUUCUGGGCCUGGGACGACUGUCAUCCAGCCCAGUGCGCAGGCGCGGGAAAGUUGAACUUUUACUAAAGUUCGUGCACAUUCUACGGAGGCGCCGUUGGAGGCGGGGCCUCGGGCCAGGUGCCCCCAUGGCAGGCUCAGAGGAGCUUGGACUCAGGGAAGACACGCUGAAGGUCCUAGCAGCCUUCCUUAAGCGGGGAGAGGUUGCUGGGUCCCCCGUCCCUACCUCCCCCAGCACCCCCACCCAGGAGCAACCGACAGAUUUCCUGAGUCGCCUUCGGAGAUGUCUCCCCUGCCCCCUGGGCCAAGGAGCUGUUCCCCCUGAGUCCCCUCGGCCUUGCUACCUGCCUCUCCGCCCCUGCUAUGAUUCAGAGCCAGGCCCAGCUACUGCAGACUUCUACACCCUGGUGGCCCAGCGGCUUGAGCAGCUGGUACAAGAACAACUAAAAUCACCUCCUAGCCCAGAGUUACUGGGCCCCCCACCCACUGAGAAGGAAGCCCUGUUGCGAAGACUGGUGGUCUUACUGGAAGAGGAGGCAGAAGUCAUCAACCAGAAGCUGGCCUCGGACCCCACCCUGCAACGCAAGCUGGCCCGGCUCUCUAUGGGUUCCUUCGCACGAUUAGCUGAGCUCUUCUCCAGCCGUGAGCCCAGCCCUCGGCCCAGCCGGGCACGCACCUCAUCACCGUGUCCGGGGCCUCCCCCACCUUCCCCGGAGCCCCUGGCCCGCCUGGCCCUGGCCAUGGAGCUGAGCCGGCGCGUGGCCCGGCUGGGGGGCACCCUGGCGGGACUCAGUGUGGAACACGUACACAGCUUCGCGCCCUGGAUCCAGGCCCACGGGGGCUGGGAGGGCAUCCUGGCCGUGUCUCCUGUGGACUUGAACUUACCCUUGGACUGA